AGCGGCGACCCUCGGCCCCGCGGGGAGGAACGCUGAAGUAAAUGUAAGCCCGCUGAGGUUUGUGCUUGCCCAGCAUGUCCGGCGAGCUGACCGAAAGCGCCAUCAAGGGCAUAAUCCGCCAAGUCGGACUGGAGUGCGCUGCCCGGGGACAAACCCUCUCUGAAACCCUGGUGGCGUUCAUGGUGAGAGCUGUUGUUUUAGAUCCAAGAAAUGGCUUUACUAUGGAGCAUAUCCUUACAGAAAAAGAUGUGCAAGAUUUUAUCCAGCUCUGUGUUACCAGACUGCUUGACACAACAAAUCCAUCCCUGAGCACAAUUAAGAUGCAAGUUUACUUCGAUAUGAACUAUGCCAACCGAGAUGAAUUACUCCAUGAGCAGCAGCGCAUUCUGAAAGGAAAACUGGCUCCUGUGGUCAGAGAUAUCACAGAUCGUUGUCCUCAUGUGCAAGAAGAAAUAGAGAAAAUGUAUCAAAAUAUUGUUAGCUAUGCACUGCUGAGCUCUGGCCUGGGAUCCCCUACAGAUAUUGAGAAUGUCAGGGAGGUAACAGCUGCCUUGCAGAGUGUAUUCCCCCAGGCAGAGAUGACUGCUUUCAUUUCACUCAAUAAGAAGGAUAAAGAACAAGAGCUGAAAGAUCUUGCCAUGCUAGUCACAGGAAUUCGGUUGUACAACAAGGAGUGUAUGAAAGGAGGGAGGAGCAUUGAUGACUUGCCAGCCAUUCUGAAUGAAGCCAUUCCAUCAGCUACACAGACUAUCGAUGAAGGUCUCAAUACCUGCCACGUGCUAGCUCACAAGUACACAGCUCUGUUGGAAUCCAUGCAGGAAGACCCCCACAGAUAUAUGCAGCUUAGUUCGUUUAAAUUAAAAGAAGCACUUUUCAAUGUGAGACAGUACGAGGCCUUCCUUUGCAUCCUUCUGUCUGAUGCAAUUACCAGUGCUCAAGAAGUUGAAACAUUGAGUGUUCAGUUUACAGCAACAAUGAUGCAACUGAAAAACACAGUGCAGGAUAAGAUUUCCAUAGAUUCCAAAGAAGUUUUUCCUCUGUUUCUUGAACUUUCUAAACUCUGGACCGGCUUUCAGGAUGAAAUGCUACUGCUAAGCUUCCUCACAAGUAUGACUAGCAAUCUGCAACAGUUCUUGGAAAUCCACUCACAGCUUUUUCCUGAGGAAGUGCUAACAUCUCUUCUGGAAGGUGUGACUGUGAAAAGUGAUGAGGAAAGGAUAAGAGAAACCAUGGGAACCAGAGUGAAUGUUUCUGAUUUCAAGAACCAAGAAUGGCUUUUUCCAGAGACAACUGAUAAUUUUGAUCAACUGCUAAUCCAGUACCAUAGUUUCUGUGCACAUGCAAUUGGUGUGGAAGGCCUCAUCCUACCAGGAAAUCCUGCUAUUGGAAUUUUGAAGCACAAGGCGAAAUACUAUGUUUUCAGUUCCAAAGAAGCUGCAUACACCUUUGCUCAAGAUCCAGAUAAGUUCAUUCAGUUGAACGUAGAAAAAGCGAAAGAAUAUGCAGAGCUAAUUCAAUUGCUUGAGCUCCAUCAUCACUUUGAAUACCUUUUUCCACGUGCACAGGCCAGAACUGCAGACAAAUGUUUGAUGAAACCAACUGCAAAAUGUGACAGUAGUACUCAAACUGAUACUCAUAUCUUGCCUCCAACUAUUGUGAGAUCCUAUGAAUGGAAUGAAUGGGAACUGAGAAGAAAAGCUCUAAAAUUGGCCAAUUUGCGUCGCAAAUUAACUCACGCCAUGCAGACUGAUCUCAGCCAUAUGAAAAGAGAGAACUUCACCCAGGUGUACUUGCCAAAAGAUGUGGGCACCCAGACUAAGCGUGACAACUCCAGCAAUGUACCCAGACCACAGAUUUUCUUGAAAGGUCUCCGAGGACAAUCCUCUCCUACUACUCAUAUGGUCAAAGUAGACUUAACAAGAGCAGUAGAUGAAACCUAAGUGGAAAUAAGAAACCUGAAGACACAUAUCGAAUGUGUACAUAAAAAUCCCUGAAUAUAUCUGAACUCAGGUAUUAAAGAUGUUGCUGUGUCUGUUGAUUCCAGGA